AUGAGAGAAAUUCAAACAAUCAGAGAAGAAUGCAAUAUUGAUCACAAUGACACCAGUGGAAAUGUUUGUGAGAUUGAAGAUCGAUCUAAUAGUGAGAAUAAAUAUCCCAAUACCCAGAGUUCCUGUAUCGGAAAUAUUGCUAGUUUUCCUUCUCUUUUAAAGGUGCACGAGGAUGAACCAGUAUUUCAAGCAUUUAAACUGAUGAGGCAAGAGGGAUUCAGUAGGUUACCAGUGGUUGAAAGUAAUGGCAAGAGGGACAAGACAGUCUUUAACUCAGCGAGAGGCGCCGUGAAGCCAUCAUCUCUGUGUGCUGUCUCGCCUUCUUCUAACCGUGAAAAGAAGAAUGCAAUAUUGAUCACAAUGACACCAGUGGAAAUGUUUGUGAGAUUGAAGAUCGAUCUAAUAGUGAGAAUAAAUAUCCCAAUACCCAGAGUUCCUGUAUCGGAAAUAUUGAGCAUUCAAAGGCAGACUACCAAUCAAACUCAACACCAUUUGCUCAGCGUCAAAUACGUCUCGGUUGAUGCCAUCUCCGGUCGAAAAGUCUGUUUUCCUUCUCUUUUAAAGGUGCACGAGGAUGAACCAGUAUUUCAAGCAUUUAAACUGAUGAGGCAAGAGGGAUUCGGUAGGUUACCAGUGGUUGAAAGUAAUGGCAAGAGGGACAAGACAGUCUUUAACUCAGCGAGAGGCGCCGUGAAGCCAUCAUCUCUGUGUGCUGUCUCGCCUUCUUCUAACCGUGAAAAUGUUCACCGUCAUGUUGAAAGUUCCGAGUCUGAUGAUUCUGUUGUUGGCUCUGACAAUGAAAAUUCAGAAUUUGAGAUAAGUGCAGAACAAGUCUCUGAGAAUAAUAAAGCUGAUCCCACAUGUCAGGUUGGUGCAGAUAGUACUAAGUAUUGGACGCCUAAAUGUGAUGAAACAAAGAAGCCAAAACUGAAUCAGCAUUUUUCCACUCUAGAUGAGGCAUUUGAUUUUUAUCGAGAAUAUGGAAAGGAAUGUGGUUUUGAUGUCAUCUCGUCAACAAAGAAAUCUGAUAGGUGGGGUAAUCUGUAUGCAAAGUAUUAUCAGUGUAGUCGUGGUAACAAGCCUGAUACCAAAAAAUUUCGUGACUCUGUUGAACAUGUCCUCCAAGGACCGUGCAAGAGGACCACAUCCAAAAGAUGUGAAUGUAGAGCACGGAUAAUAAUGAAGCGUGCUGGUCUUAGGGGCUUUGUGCUUAUGGGAUUCAUAGAGGAACACAAUCACCCAUUAGCAACUGGUAAAGAGAAAAUGUUUCUCAGAUGUAAUAGGAAUUUGUCUACGCCAUAUCAGAACUUCAUACUUGAUUGUUCUCGAGCCAAUAUUGGUCCUACACGUGCCCAUAGUUUAUUGAAGGAGAUGACUGGGUCUUAUGAUGAGAUUGGAGCGACAGUUGAUGAUUUCAAGAAUUUUUCUCGGGAUGUGAAAGUGCGUAUUGGCCCGCGUGAUUGUGACAAGCUACUGUCCAAGUUCAAGUUGGAGAGAAUAAAAUCCAAGAACCGCUUUUAUUAUGAAUACAAAGUUGACACUGAAGGGCACUUGACUGGUCUUUUUUGGACUGAUGUUGUGGGGCAGGCCAAUUAUGAUGUGUUUGGCGAUAUAGUGUCAUUUGAUCCUACUUUCCGAACAAAUAAGUAUCAUAUGGUGUUCGUUCCAUUCACUGGAGUCAAUAAUCAUUGGAAGAACGUUACAUUCGCUGCAGCUCUUUUAGCUAAGGAAGAUUACAAGAAUUUCAAAUGGCUCGUUACUACUUUCCAAAAGGCAAUGGGUCGUGCCCCAAAAACUGUCAUUACAGACCAAUGUAAAGCAAUAAAGAAGGCCUUGGAUAAAUGUUGGCGUUCCUCAACACAUCGUCUGUAUAGGGUUGUCUUUACAUUUAGACUUACAGUUGGUCCAAAACUGGCCUCGGAUAAGAAAUUUGUUGGUAGACUAAAGGGGGUGGUAUAUGCCGAUCAUCUCGCACCUACUGAGUUUGAAACCGAAUGGAAAGAGGUGAUAGAGGAAUUCAAAUUAGAGGACAAUACGUGGUUGUCUGAAAUGUUUGCUAUCCGCGAUCAAUGGAUUCCAGCCUAUUUCUCUGGUAUUGAGAUGGCUGGUUUACUCAGAACAACUUCUCGUUCUGAGAGUUCUAACUUUUUUUUCCAACAUUAUCAUGAGAGCGGGGAUACUCUUGUAGAAUUCUAUUCAAGUUUUGAAAGCGCAAUGGAUAAGCAACGUUUAAUAAAUGAUACUGAUGAUAGGAGAUCCCAAGAAAUUCCAUUGUCUGAUUCGCCAAUGCAAAUUGAAAUAGAUGCUUCCAAGAUCUACACUUUAGAAAUUUAUUAUCUUGUGCGGGAGGAAAUAAGAUCAGGGUGUUGCCAUUGCAUUGUUGAAGACAGAACAAAAGAACUAGAUUUUUCAGCUUUUAAAAUCAAAGAUAUGCUGCUGAAUGAUAAAAUUUUCGAGGUUAUGGUGAUCCACAGUGACAAGCAUGUAACAUGUAGCUGUAACUUCUAUUUCCGUAAAGGUUAUCUUUGUAGACACGCAUUUGCAGCGUUGCAUCAUUGUGGCGUAAAAGAAAUACCUCGCGAGUUUGUGAAGCCAAGAUGGACCAAAGAUGCCUUAAAGAAUUUUUCUUUUUUAGGUUCAUCUGAUGUUAAUGAUCAGAGCAACAAAGAUGAUAGAACAAAACUUAAGAGGACCAGGGCAUGGUUUGAUUUCAACAAUUGUCUCAAUCUUGCUGGUGAUGAUGAGGGUAAGCUGGACUCGGUUUUACAAGCCUUAGAGUCAGUCAACUCUUCACUGUCAGAAGGUUUAGGGUCAUCUGACUCCGCUGGUAAGGCUCAUAGAGUUGACAAGUUCUAUGGACCAGUAUCGGAUAAAGAAAUUUCUGUGCAGAAUCCACAUGUUAGUCGGAACAAAGGUUGCGGAAGUCGUUUGAAGAGUAGCCGUGAAAUAGCUGCUCAAGAUAGAAAAAAGAGGAAAUGUGGGAAUUGUAAUAAGUUAGUGCGCCACAAUGUUCGUACAUGUCCAGAGCCUAUUAAGAACGGUUCUGUUUAA